AUGUAUCUUCUUUCAGAUAAUAUACCAUGUUCCUUUGAUGGCUCGUUCCACUACAGCUGGGACUAUGCUCAACAGGUACAUAUACCCCAUUACAGCCAGGAAGUUGGCCCUGUUUACUUCAAGACCCCAAGAAAAUGCAACGUAUUUGGGAUGUGCUGUGAGGGAUCAGGAAAACAAGUGUUUUAUCUUGUGGAUGAAAGUGACUCAUUUGGUAAGGGGGCAGACAGUGUUGUCAGCAUGGUACACCACUACCUAUAUUGGUAUGGUCAUGGGGAGAUAGACAGCAAAUUCCAUUUUGACAAUGCUGCUGGUCAGAAUAAAAACAACAUUGUGCUGUGGUAUGGUCUGUGGAGAGUUUUACUAGGAUAUCAUAGAUCAAUUGAGUAUUCAACGAUGAUUGCAGGCCAUACAAAGUUUGAACCCGACUGGCACUUUGGAAUUUGGAAAAAUCGAUGGAGGAGGGUAAAUGCUGAGACCUUACAUGACAUUGCAGACACAGUGGAUCAGUCUUCACAGAAAGGUCAUAACAUUGCACAGUUGGUCAAUGAUGAUUCAAAGCCUGUCACAUUCUAUCAGUGGAGAACUUUCUUGUCACAGUAUUUUAAACCUUUAAAGAGCAUUACCAAGUAUCACCACUUUUUCAUAUCUGCAGAAGCACCUGGAAUUGUUAAUGUGAAAUCUUAAGUGACAGUCCAGUUGUAUCAGUCAGCUUGCUAAAAAUGUCUCCUCCAAAGGGUACAUUGCCAAAUGUGUCUCCUUGUCCUGGAUUGACACCAGCCAGACAAUGGUGCCUUUAUGAACAUAUUAGAGAACAUUGUUUAUCUGAAAAAUCAAAGGAAUCAAUUUGUCCAAAACCAAUCGUGCCAAAGACUGAAAUUGUAAUCAACAAGGAUUGCUCUGAGAACUGGAAAAAGGGAAGUGGCUGUAAGAGAAAAAAAACUGUUGUUGAAUUAAAAAGUUCAUACAAAAAGUACUGUCUGAGAUUUCAAUUUCAAAGGAACCUUGCAGAAACCAUAUAUACAGACAUUCAUAACUGUGUGUAUUAAGAAAAGUAUGCUUUUUGGUGUUUAAAGAAGAUAUGUUGCCUUUUGGUAAAUAAUGUUGACAGUUGUAUAUUCAUACAAGUCCAUUAAGAGUUUAUUGACAGAAACAUUUAAAACAUGCAUUUUAAAUGCUAUGGUACCAUAACAAAACCAUUUUUAGAUAUGUCGCAAUGGUUACCAACUGUACAUCAUGCUUUUAUAGUAAUUAGAGGGUCUUGAGAAUGUAUGACUAUGCUAUCAAAAUAUACACUUUAAUAGAAAACUACUGAAGAAUCACUCUAUGUUUCAGGAGAUUAUCAAAUACAGAUAUAAUGAUUUUGUCAUAGAAUUGAUGAAUGAAGUUGACUGUUGUAUACUGAUACCAGUAGUUCUAAGAUGUUUCAUCUUUUGUGCUAUCUACAUUAUAAUUUUAGUUACACUACCUGAGAAAGUGAAUUGUAGUAUGGAGGAAGACAUGUUUAACCAACUCAUUUGAUAUUUAUUGACAUAUACAUACAUGUUGAAUGCAACCUUACAAUACCAAAACUAUUGCUUUAUAUAUGUUGCCAUGGUAACCAACUGUGAAUCAUGCUGUUAUAGGAAUGAAAGAGUCUUGAGUAUGUAUGAUUAAGUUAUCAAUAUAUGACCUGUAAUAGAAAAGUACUUGAACUAAAGCUGUUGUAUUGAUUAAGUAUUUUUGUCGAGCCCCCUUGCGGAAGUGAAGACAUAGUUGUCCAAGUGGCUGUUCGCUGUUUGGGCGUGCGUCCGUCCGUCCGGAUUUGUUUGUCCGGACCAUAACUUUAACAUGCAUGAAGCAAUCUUGUUUAUAUUUGGCAUGAAUGUUAAUCUCAGUAAGACGGAGUGUCAUACACAAACACCAGGUUCCUAUCUCAAAGGUCAAGGUCAGACUUAGAGGUCAAAGGUCAAAUUCAGUAAUGACUGUCCGGAGCAUUUCUUCUUCAUGCAUGGAGGGAUUUUGAUGUUACUUGGCACAAUUGUUCACCAUCAUGAAACGGAGUGUCUUGCGCAAGAAUCAGGUCCCUAGCUGUAAGGUCAAGGUCACACUUAGAGGUCAAAGGAUACAAAAAUGACAACUUUGUCCGGAGCAUUUCUUCUUCAUGCAUAGAGGGAUUUUGAUGUAACUUGGCACUAAUGUUCACCACCAUGAGACGGAGUCUCUUGCGCAAGAACCAGGUCAUUAGGUCUAAGGUCAAGGUCACACUUAGAGGUCAAAGGUCAGAUACAAGAAUGACUUUGUCUGGGGCAUUACUUCUUCAUGCAUAGAGGGACUUUGAUGUAACUUGGCUCAGUUGUUCACCAUCAUGAGACGGAGUGUCAUGCGCAAGAACCUAGAAUUACUUCCCUUUGUUGUUACUAUAAAUAGCUUAUAUUGUAACUUUUUUUAUUACUGGCUGUAGGGAAAAAUCAAGACCACUUUGCUGUAGUACAACAUGCAUGUUACAUCCAAUUUUGAGGCAUAUUUUGACCUAUCUCUACUGGUAAGGAUUUUUGUAUGGACUUAGAUUUUUUUUUCUUUUUUUUUUUAAGAUUUACUUCCCUUUGUUGUUACUACAAAUAACUUAUAUUGUAACUUUUUGUAAUCUUUUUUUAACUGGCAUAAGUGUUUGCCUCAAUGAGACAGAGUGUCGUGUGCAACUCCCAGUCCUUUUGACAGCUGACGGGCUCGACAUGUUGCCCAUGGGCAUCUAGUUUUAGAUAAAGGAAUUUAGUGUAUAUGUUGCCAUGGUUACAUAAUUCAAAUUAUGUUUCAUAGAAGUUAUUGAUUUGUAUUUUCAAUUAGGGAUAUACAAUGUAUAAUUCCAUUGUAAUAGAAUGUCCACUUUCUUUAAUAUUUUCCAUUAUAAUUAGCCAGUGAAAAACAAAUGAUG